AUAAUCUUGUCCCUCCAGACCUGGUCACACUGCUGGCGACCAAUAACAAUUUCGAAAACUACUUUAUAUCUGUCCAUAAAAACUACAGCUAACAUUUUUCCAUAAACCAGCCAUCAUGUCUGACGUGUAUAUCGUGUCCGCUGCCCGAACGCCCAUAGGUAGCUUCAAUGGAUCGCUUUCUAAAUUAAAAGCCUCCGAUCUUGGCAGUGUGGUAAUACAGGAGGUGCUGCGAAGGGCCAAUGUAUCUGGCCAGAAGGUCAGCGAGGUUAUCAUGGGCCAGGCUCUCACUGCGGGUCAGGGUCAAAAUACAGCUCGGCAAGCUUCACUCAAGGCGGGUCUGCCCAUCCAGGUUCCAGCUUAUGGAAUCAAUAUGCUCUGUGGUUCCGGCUUGAAAACUGUUGCAUUGGGCUACCAGGCCAUUAGAUCCGGCGAUGCCACGAUUGUGGUGGCUGGUGGUCAGGAGAGUAUGUCACUUGCUCCUCAUGUGAUGCUCCUAAGACAGGGAAUAAAAAUGGGUCCUGGUACGCUUGUGGAUUCUAUGAUCCACGACGGCCUGACCGAUGCCAUGGAGAACAUUCACAUGGGCAUAACUGCAGAGAACCUGGUCGAGCAGUACAAAAUCAGUCGGGAGGAGCAGGAUGCUUACGCUGUAAAGUCACAGAACCGAGCGGAAGAGGCGCAGAAGAAUGGUUUCUUUGACAAGGAGAUUGUUCCAGUUGAAAUCAAGGAUCGCAAGGGCACUCAAAUAUUCAACAAGGAUGAGUACAUCAAGCCCGGAAGCACCGUCGAGGGUAUCCAGAAGCUGAGAGCAACUUUUAAAGAGGGAGGCUCGAUUACGCCCGGCAAUGCGUCUGGUGUCAACGACUCAGCCGCUGCUGUGCUUCUCGCUUCGGCCGAGGAGGUGGCUAAGAAUGGUUUAAAACCCCUGGCUAAGAUUGUGGGCUGGACGCAGACUGGCAUUGAGCCCAGGGUUAUGGGUCUUGGACCAGUUACAGCUGUGGAAGCAUUGCUUUCUAAAAUCGGCUGGAAGCGGGAAGAAGUGGAUUUGUACGAGCUCAAUGAAGCCUUCGCGGCCCAAUCCCUGGCUGUACUCCAAGAUCUGAAACUGGACGCCAGCAAAGUGAACAUAAAUGGUGGCGCCAUUGCCCUUGGCCAUCCCAUUGGAGCCUCUGGGGCUCGAGUCCUGGUGACUCUGCUCUACGCCUUGGAAAGAACCGGCGGACGUCGCGGAAUCGCCUCCUUGUGCAUUGGCGGCGGCAUGGGAAUCGCCUUGGCUGUAGAGCGCAUCGUCUAAUUAUCUUUCAUUCUCAUUCAAUCUAUUUAUUGCCUUUUCCUGUUUCUCACUUAAGUCCAAAGUUGCAAUUUUGUAUUCCAAGUAGGCAAAAUAAAACAUGGAGAACAUUUUUGUUUAUGUUAAAA